CAAAAUACUCGGCUGACAGGGCAGGAAUUGCAAAACACAGCCUCCCCCCCCCCCGCAGCGUAUAAAUAGCGCUCGCCCGGCGGUGGAAGGUUGCAGAAGUUUCUCGGCUCCGAGCUCAGGCAUUUAUUGCGGCUCUCGCCCAGGAGCGGUGGGGACACGGCGCAGUGAUUGUGGGAGCGAGAGGGGAGAGAUAAGCUUUUAAUCUCGGGAUAUUCGGUUUGAUUUUUUUUUUUUUUUUCUCCCUCUCUGGACAAGAAGUUUUAUUUUCCUCCGCCCGAUCCCUGGGACCGAAGCCAACCAGGAAGCGUUUUCUUGCAGCCCACACCGUCCUCCCCACACUUGCUUUCCAAGCUCCGGAUGCUUCAGCCCUGCUGAACCUCUUCCACCCAUCGCGCUCUGCCCGGUGCCGGGCUCCCACCCAAACCCCCGUGCGUGGAUGCGCCUGCCCUGGGCCAGGCUCCCCGGGGUAUUCCGCAGCAUUUGAGGCUCCACGAGGAGCACAGAGCCAUGGCCGACAGCCAGCUGCCCUUCUCCUGCCAUUACCCCGGCCGGCGGAGCCUCCGCGACCCAUUCCGAGAGCCCGGUUUGACCUCGCGCCUCCUGGACGAUGAUUUCGGCCUCUCACCCUUCCCUGGGGACCUGACGGCAGACUGGCCCGACUGGGCUCGGCCCCGGCUCACCCCCACCUGGCCGGGUCCCCUGCGUGCCCGCGCCUCCGCCAUGGCCCCCGGCUACAGCGCCCGCUUUGGGGGGUACCCGGAGAGCCGCAGCCCCGCGCCCACCUCCCGUGAGCCCUGGAAGGUGUGCGUCAACGUGCACAGCUUCAAGCCUGAGGAGCUGACGGUCAAAACCAAGGAUGGAUACGUCGAGGUGUCAGGCAAACACGAGGAGCAGCAGGUGGAAGGAGGCAUCGUCUCCAAGAACUUCACCAAGAAAAUUCAGCUGCCCUAUGAGGUGGACCCCAUCACUGUCUUCGCCUCCUUGUCGCCGGAGGGGCUGCUGAUCAUCGAGGCUCCCCAGAUCCCCCCCUACCAGCAGUAUGGCGAGGGCAGCUGCAGCAGCGACAUCCCAUUGGAGAACCCAGAGGCCACCUGUGCCUGAGGGCCCCUGUGCCCCUUCUCCAUUUCCCCGACCCUAUUCCCCCCCAGCCCCGCUCCCCGGGCCCCAGCGGGGUGGCCCCGGGGCACGGCCUCUCCCGCCCCCUGGGAGCAGCUGCCCCACAGUGGUCUGACACUCUGGUAGAGGCUUUGCAUCCAUCAGACCCAGCAGAACGGGUGUCUUCGUUACGGUUCUUUUUAUGCUGCAAGGUGAGCAGAUGGGAUGUUUGUAACAAUAGUGAAAAAGUGCCCUUUUCUCUUCUUAAGUUGAAGUGGAAUCCCGUGGUCCUGCGUCUUCUUCUUCUCUGUUUUUGGUUUUGUUUUGAACUCCAUCUCCACGCCGGCCCCUUGGCAGCCCGCAGACAUGCAGCCGGCAGUGGGGCCAAUGGCACAGCCCUGUCCCAGACAGACAAACCCCCACCAGACCUGCUGAGAAGUGUAAACUGUCUGCAUGUUUUGUUUUUGUUUUUGUUUUUGUUUCCUUUUUCCAAAAAGAACUUGUGAUUUUACUUAUCAGACUUGAGGAAUAAAGAUGAGUUGAUGUUCUUA